CCCCCAGCCAACGCGCAAUGCCACUAGGUUUUACGUGUCUUCAAUCAGAACCUAUUUCUAUGUUGUUGAUGUUUGCACUAGGAUGAUCCUUUAGUCUACAUCCCCAAUCAUAUCCCUAUCAACCCAUGUGAUCAAGCAGUUGUUUUUCUUCUGUGUUUCUACUCCCACAGUUCUUUCUCUGGAUGUGGAUUGUGUUCUUUCUCGUAGAUCCCUUCAAGUUGUUCAGGAUCAGUGCAUUGCCACUAAUGGAGAAGUCCAUUACAUUUGAUUGUACCACAGUGUAUCAGUCUCUGUAUACAACAUUCUCCUGGCUCUGCUCCUCUCAUUCUGCUUCAGUUCCUGGAGGUUGUUCCAGUCCCCACGGAAUUCCUCCACUUUAUUAUUUUUUUGAGCGCAAUAGUAUUCCAUCACCAACAUAUACCACAAUUUGUUCAGCCAUUCUCCAAUUAAAGGGCAUCCCCUCAUUUUCCAGAAAUUGGAAGGUCUUCACUGACCACAAAGACUAACCCAUACCCAGUAGAGAAUACCUUUUAUAGCAUUCCCUUUAUCCAUCUUUGCUUGAGUAGGAUCUGAGAUUUAGAGCUGGAAGGAACCUUGGAAGUCAAGUCAACAGAAGAGAUAAAAAUAAGGCCUAGGGACUGUUCAGGGUCACAUACACAUGUCAGUUAGGAUUCAAAUCCUACCUUCCUCUCUCCAAAUUCAAUGCUCUAUGUACUCAAACAUAUGAUGUGCUGAUAAAGAGUUAAAAAGAUAAAUUGAACACUGGUGUGGGGUAACACUAGUACCCCUAAAAGCCUGGGGUUCCAAGAUCAUAUUAAUGUAGGCACUGCCUCCCUAACUACAUAUCACAAUCAAGCUGCAAAUUCUGUGACAUUCCUGUUUGUAGCUGUUUCUAAAUAUGAUUCACAAGAAUGUAUCUAGCAGUCUAGGACUUUUCCUAGGUUUCUCCUAACAUCUUAAAGUUUUUAUUUUUGUAUAAAUGACAUGUAAGUUAAAUAAAGCACAAUGUGUUAUAGCAUUAAAUUUGACAACUGUAAAAGGGUCUCAAGUACAGUCAAGGGGUAAAGGUUUUCCUUUAUUAUCUAGUGAACUUUCUUUGGCUGUGGGGUCUUCUUCAUAAGAAAUUGAGACAAUCUCUUCUGCACUUUUCCCUCCAUUCAAAUUAGGAAAUAUUUACAAAAUUUCCUGGAGAAAAGUUCUUUUCCCCCCUUCUUAUUUUUGUAACAUGCUUGCUUCUAAGAAGCUUCAAGACUCCAGGUAGGAAGAAGAUAAUCAGAUUUCAUAGAUAUAAGCUCUGAAAUUCUGUGAUUCUAGAUUCCUGAUCUAGCUCCUUUUCUCAUCUUCACACUUGGACAUUGAGAAAAAUAAAGGGAACCAACUGAGGACUUGCAUAAUUCCGCAAGAUCUAACUGAAAAGUGGAAGAGUCAUCACCAGUGCUUGUUGAAUGGAAUGGAAAUACAGGGUCUCAAAAAAUUAAAACUUUAUUUUAAAAAAGUAGUCUUUAUUUAUAGCCAUGUUUUUUAUGGUGGCAAAAAAAUUGGAAAAUGAGGGGAUGCUCUUCAAUUAGGGAAUGGCUGAACAAAUUGUGGUAUCUGUUGGUGAUGGAAUACUAUUGUACAUGGUUCAACAGGGAUAUAAUUGGGGAUAUAGACUCUAAAUGAUUACCCUAGUGCAAAUAACAAUGUGGAAAUUGGUCUUGAUCAAUGACACUUGUAAAAUCCAUUGGAAUUGCUCUUGGCUACAGGAGGGGAGUGGGAGGAGGGAAGGGAAAGAACAUGAAUCUUGUAACCAUGGAAAAAUAUUCUAGAUUAAUUAAUUAAAUAAACUUUUAAAAAGUAGUCUUUUUAAAAGAAUCUUGAUAAAACAUGGAAAAGGCUAAUGUACUGAAUCUUCAUGAGAUUAUACAUCUUGUGGGUUAUUGGAUUUAUAUAGCUGACAAAAACAGAAAUGUUGAAUGGCUAAAAAAGUAGUGAUUUUGUGGAAGAACUUAAAAUUACAACAAUCACUCACCAGAGUACCAAAGAUUAAAAUAAAAUAUGGCCAAAGUAAAAACUGAGCCUUAAGUGUAUAAAAGAUUUAGAAAAUCUUAGUCACUGUUAUUUUGAUUACUUAAACCUGUCCCAUUAUUUUAAAUGAAUUUGAAUUUUAUAAAAUAAGCUUAGCAACCAUAUAUGAAUUAUUUUGGGAACCGUCUAUAAAGGGCAAGUUAAAAUAAAAGCAGGCAAGGAGGUUGUACAGUGGAUAGAGUGCCCAGACUGGAGUCAGGAAGACCAGAUUCAAAGAUUCAAAUCUGGCCUCAGACACUUUUGUAUGACCCUGGGCAAGUCACUGAACCUUAUCUGCGGUUUCCUCAUCUGUAAAAUGAGUUGGAGAAGGAAAUGGCAAACCACUCCGGAAUGUCUGCCAAGAAAACCCCAAAAGUGAUCGCAAAGAAUUAACCGUGACUAGGAAAUGACAAAACAGCAAAAAGUAAAAAUAGCAACAAACCAUCAAUUCAUUGAAUUGUUUGGAACAGGUUGUUCAUUUUUUUGGUGUUUUGGGGGGGACAUUUUCUGUUGGAGAAAAGUUUCUUAUACUGUCCGUGUUCAUUGCAUUUUCCCUAAUUUUCAAGUCGGAGAUUUUAAUGGCAAAAACUUGGGUUUGUGGUGGCUACCUCUUCCACAGACAAGAGCCCUUUUUUGGAAAGGACUCUUUGGGAUCUUGGUUUCAUCUCUACCAUUUCGGAAUUUCCCAAGGCUUUUGUCUGGGUAGCCCCUAGGAGGGCAGUGAAAGUCCCCUCCCCAUUAGAACUUCGUGGCCGCCCUUGUAUGCAGUUGUGGUCUCCAGGAUGGAGAUAAAUUGGGUGAGUUCAUGGCAGGGGGAGACAUUCCGAGUUCCUUCUUUUCUUACUUCCUUUCUGCAGUGACCUCUUUGACACUGGAUGGUCCGAGGGUGCCAGGGGUCAGGAGGGCAAUUGAUGGUCUUGGAAAUUAACAGCUUCAACAGGUUCCCCGGGUGGCCGGAAGGUAAAAUCCAGCGUUUCCUCCACAUAAUCUGGCCAUCUGGCGGCAGAUCUCAUAGUUUCUCUCUUCCUCCCCCUGCCCCCACCUCUACUCUUCCAGCUCCGGCUAAACUCACAUGCAAACCGCCCCUCCCCCCCCCCGGGGUUGCUCCCGCUCCAUGUGCCGCCCCUGCCCUGUUCCCCUUCUCUGCAGGCACCUCCGAAGUUCAGGCUGGUUUCAAUAGGGGAGAUCCAAGGUCUCUGCGGGGAGUCAAGCUGCCUUGACCUGGAAGAGACCCAGUCAAGUUCAAGUUCAACAAGCGCCUUCCGUAGUCAGGGCCCCGCCUCUGACUCCUAAGACCAGGCAUCUGGGGAAGCACAAGGUCCAGGGCCGCGAACUAGAUAAUUAGUAUCUAGUUUCUCGGCUCCACUGGAAGGGCCGGAAGGGUUCAGAGCCUGGGCCCUGCGCGCAGGUGCACAGGCAGUUGCACCUUCAAGGCAAAGCACGCUAGGAGAUGGAGUCCUGGACGGAUCGACCUGCCUGGACUCCAUUUCCCAGAAUGCUUCGGGAGGUUCCAUUGCUGUAGUGUGCGUCGCCCGCGAGUCAUUCAAUGAAGACCAGUGCGCGGUGUGCUGGGGCUACAUUUCUGGAGGUCCGACUUCCAAUAUUUGGCGCCUGUCUCGUGCGUGCCUUCUUCGGCUCUGAGCCUACAGCAUCGAGUAGGACCAUUUGUAAUCGUAUGCUUGAAUCCAGCUCCUUGCUCCCCUACUCCUCCAUGCGGAGUACGUCUCUGCGUCCCUGACCCUGUGGAGUGAGUGAAUGCGCGGGUGCUGCGUCUCUGCUCCCCCCCCCGCCAGGGAGGAGUGCGCAGGCUCAACCUGGGAAGGGCGGGUGCUUGCGACGGAUCUGUAACUGGGCGGGGACGCUCGUGUGGGUGUGGCCUAGUAGGUAAUUUGUCCGUGUCCGUUUGUGCCUUGGUUUUCUCAAGUCUUUAUUAAACACCUUCUGUGUGCCCAGCACAGGGUGGGUAAUAAGAGAGGCCAAAGGCAGCCCCUGUCCCAAGGGGGGAAGCCAUGUGUGAACCACCGGGGGGGAAGGCCUGGGGGGCAAUUGUGAAGGGCUUUCCUGUAGAAGCCGAAGAUGAGGGAGAGCGGCUGUAGGUCCAGCCCAGUGCUAUUGCGCGGAGUCGGGGGCGUUGCAGAGAAUGAGGAGGCGGGGCUUGGCACCCGGAAGAUCUUGUAUUUGCUCCUAGAGGUCCCCAGGCCCCAGCUUUCCUGGGAAGUAAAGGUGCCAGAGGGAUAGCCCUUGAAGGAGAAGAGCCUGCCCUGAGAUCUUUCCCCCAAGCCACCGGGCAGCCCUUGAGGUGAAGGAGUUGAUAGCAGCUUGCCUGGGCAGAGAGGCCUGGAGUGAAGCCAGAGCAGGGAGAAACCAGUGAGGAAGGAGGCCACCAUGGAGGAUAGAGCUCAUCUUCCUCUGGACAUUGGGGAGGAUGAGGAGGGUCUGAUGUCUGCCUUCUGCCCAGUCCAGCUUCAGGAGUUGCUGACUUUCAGGGACGUGGCGGUGGACUUCACCCAGGAGGAGUGGAGGCGUCUGGCUCCGGCCCAGAGGGCCCUGUUCAGGGACGUGAUGCUGGACAACUAUGAGAACCUGGUCUCCCUGGGGCUGCCUGCUUCCAGGCUGGACGUGGUCUCCCUGCUGAAGAGAGGCCAGGCACCGUGGAGGUCUGAAGGAGGCGGCUGGCACGAUUCUCUUAGUUGGCAUUCUGUGUUUGAAACCAAGGACUCGAAUGUAUUUCAGUGCAGCAUGCAACCAUCAGCAAAGAAAAAUCUUCCAAAUGACAGUCCCUGGCAUCCCGAAAUGAGCCAAAUUGGGGGAGAAUAUGACUUAAAGAAUCAGAUGGUCAACCAGGAUAGAUAUUCCCAAGUAACAGUCACUCCCAGAACAACUUCUCUUGGGGGAUAUAUUAGUCUGGAGUCAGUAUUUCUUGCAUUAUGGAGAGGUAGUAUGGAAGAAAGUCUCCCUAAAUAUAAGACACUUGAUCAGAACUUUAGGGCUUUUUCGGAGCUAAUUACAUGUAAUUCUUUUUCCUUAGGAAAGAAUCUUUCUAAGUAUAGCACUUGCAGGAAGCCUUUCAGUUACCACUCAGACCUAAUUAAAUUUCAUAGAGAACAAGGUGGAGAAAAGCUCCAUGCAUACAAUGAAUGUAAGAAGGCCAGUGGAAGAAGGUCAAGUAUUAAUGAACUUCAGAGAAUUUGUGCUGGAGAGAAACAUUACAGAUAUAAUCCAUAUGGGAAAGUGUUUAACCACAGGGGGAGCUUAACCAAAUUUAAAAGGAUUCAUACUAAAGACAAACUCUUUGAAUGUAAUGAAUGUGGAAGAACCUUCAGCCAAAAGACAUACCUUCUUUAUCAUCAGAAAACUCAUAUUGACAUGAAACCCUUUGAAUGCAAUGAAUGUUGGAAAACUUUCAAUAAGAGGGGACACCUUAUUCGACAUCAGAGGACUCAUACUGGUGUGAAGCCUUUUGAAUGUAAUGUGUGUGGGAAGGGCUUCAGCCAAAGGGGAAACCUUAUUAGCCACCAGAGAACUCACACUGGUGAGAAACCUUUUCCAUGCAGUGAAUGUGGAAGAGCCUUUAGUCGGAGGACACACCUCAUCUAUCAUCAGAGAAAUCAUACUGGAGUGAAACCCUUUGAAUGUAGUGAAUGUGGGAAAGGUUUCAUCCAGAUGGGGAGCCUUAAUAGACAUCAGAGGGCUCAUACUGGGGUGAAACCCUUUAAAUGUAAUGAGUGUGGCAAAGCCUUCAGAGAGAAAGGAUGCCUUAAGAGACAUCAAAGGAUUCACAGUGGAGUGAAACCCUUUGAAUGUAAUGAAUGUGGCAAAACCUUCAGUAAGCUAGAAAGUCUUAUGAGCCAUCAAAGAACUCAUACUGGAGUGAAACCCUUUGAAUGUAAUGAAUGUGGGAAAACCUUCCAAGAAAGGGGAUGCCUUAAUAGACACCGGAGAACUCAUACUGGAGUGAAACCUUUUGAAUGUAAUGACUGUGGGAAAGCCUUCCAGGAGAGAGGCUGCCUUAAUAGACAUCAAAGAACCCAUUCUGAACUGAAACCCUUUACAUGUGAUGAAUGUGGGAAAGCUUUCCGUGAACGGGGAUGCCUUAAUAGACAUCGGAGAACUCAUACUGGAGUGAAAUCUUUUACAUGUAAUGAAUGUGGGAAAGCUUUCAGUGAGAAUGGAAAGCUCAUUAGACAUCAGAGAACUCAUAUUGGAGAGAAAACAUUUGGAUGUAAUGAAUGUGGGAAAAACUUCAGUCGGAAAGCAAAUCUUAUUAGACAUCAAAGAACUCAUGCUGUAAAGAAACCCCUUAAAGGCAAUAUAUAUGAAAAAGCUUUUAGUGAGAAUACACACUUCAUUUAUCAUCCAAGAAUUCGUAGUGGAGAAAAAUCCUUUGACUGUGGUUAUAAAAUGUAGGGAAGACUUUUAAAAGAAGGGAGGCAAAAGAAGAGAUGCCUUAUUAGACAUCAGAGAAUUCAUGCUGGAAUAAACCUUUGUCAAUGACUACAGUUGAGUAUAACAUCUCAAAUAACUUUAAUAAAUGUAGACUGAGUUACAGUCACAAGCAAGAUUAGUUUAUUAGUAGUGACAUGUAUGCCUGUUAACAAAGUGGAUCACACUGGCAACCUUAACAAAACCAAUGACCCCCAGAAAAUGGUAUGCUUUCAUCUGCAUUCUGACUCCAACACACAACAGAGAAGGGGUCAUGGUAUACAUGGAGAAAAUGGAAUAGGUUGUAGAGUUGGGACAAGAACAUUAGGAUUAGCUGUAUUGAGGAAGGUGGGCUGGCAUUUUUCAGGUAAGGCUAAUCAUAUCCUCUAAUAAUUAAGGGGCAUUCAUUGUUUUGUGGGACUUAUUUGUAUCUUGUAGUCUUUGCCAUAUAGUAUCACGACUAAAAGAUUGGCUGUCUCUACGAAAGAGAUAAAACACCCUUAACUACAGAAAAUCAGGAAAAGGCAGAUGACAUCUUGGGGGACAGCAGUUUUGUAGAGCUAACCAAAUAUCCACCAAGUGUCCUGGGGAUAUUGCCAUGAGAGAGAACCUCUCUUUUCAACUAAUUUUAAGCUAGCUCUGCUGGAUUCCUGGACUGCCAGGUUGACACGGACCCAAUUUAAAAAGUAAUACAGAGCAUAAAAUCAGCUCCAUUGUGAAGUCGCCACAAGACCAGAAAAAUCAUUUUUCAGAAGGUGAAGUUUGAGCUGAGACUGGAAGGGAGCCCAGAGGUAGGUCAAAGUGAGGAAGGAGAACUUUCCAAACACAUAGCUAGUAACUAGCUACGGCCAGAUUUAAACUUGGGAAUUCCUGACUCCAAGCCCAGGGCUCCUUCUAUUGCACUGCCAUUUACCUCUAAGUUCUAGAUAACAAACUAUGGAAUGAGUCAGUCUUUCUAUGAAGAAGGUGCAUCAAGACCAUAUUUUUUUUUAAUUUAUCUAUUACAUAAAAUAAAUUUCCACACAAGUUUUUCUAAGUUAAAUGAUCGAAUUCAUCUCCUUCCCUCCCUCCCUUCCUUCCCCCUCCAGUGCUGGCAAGUGGUUCGGUCUGGGUUAUACAUGUAUUAUUGUGCAAAACAUUUCCAUAUUGUUCAUUUUUGUGAAUAAUCUCACAAAACCAAAACCCCAAAACAUAAACCCAAAUAAGCAAUUGAAAAAUGGUAUGCUUUCAUCUGCAUUCUGACUCCAACAGUUCUUUCUCUGGAGGUGGAUCAAAUUCUUUGUCAUUAGUGCCUCAGAAUUGUCCUGGAUCAUUGUUUUGCUAAGAGUAGUUGAAUCUAUCACAGGUGAUCAUUCCACAGUAUUGCUGUUACUGGGUACAGUGUUUUCCUGGCUCUGCUUAUUUUACUCUGCAUCAGUUCAUGUAGGGCUUUCAAGCUUUCUGAAAUCAUCAUCUUCAUCGUUCCCUAUAGAACAAUAGUAUUCCAUUACCAUAAUAUUCCACAAUUUGUUCAAUCAUUCCCCAACUGAUGGACAUCCCUCAAUUUCCAAUCCUUUGCCAUCACAAAAAGAGCAGCUAUAAAUAUUUCUGUUUAAACAAGUCCUCCCCUCCCCCCUUUUUUUUUAUCUCUGGUAUCUAGAACUCGGUGAACUAGUGGUAUUACUGGAUCAAAGACUAUGCAUUGAUUUAUAGUCCUUUGGGCAUAAUUGCAAAUUGCUCUCCAAAAUGGUUGGAUCAGUUUGCAACUCCACCAGCAAUGCAUUAAUGUCCUAAUUUUGCCACAUCCCCUUUAACAUUUAUCAUUUUUCUCUACUGUCAUAUUGGCCAAUCUGAUAGUUGUGAGGUGGUACCUCAGUCAUUUUAAUUUGCAUUUCUCUAAUCAAGAGGGAUUUAGAACAGUUUUUUUCAUAUGAUUAUUGAUAGCUUUGAUGUCUUCAUCUGAAAAUUAAUUAUUCAUAUCGUUUGGCCUUUUGUCAGUUGGGGAAUAACUUGUAUUUUUAUAAAUUUGACUUAGUUCUUUUUAUAUUUAAGAAAUGAGACCUUUAGCAGAGAAAUUUGUUAUAAAUUUUCCCUCCAGUUUGUUGUCUCCCUUCUAAUCUUGUUGGUGUUGGGUUUGUUUGUACAAAACCUUUUAAAUUUGAUAUCAAAAUAAUUUAUUUUACAUCCUGUAAUGUUCUCUAGCUCUCAUUUGGUCAUAAAUUCUUCCCUUCCUCAUAGAUCUGACAAAGUAUUCUAUCUUCCUCUAAUUUACUUAUCAACUUUUAUGUCUAAAUCAUUUACGCAUUUUGACUUUAUCUUGGUAUAAGGCAUGAGAUACUGAUCUAAACCUAAUUUCCUCAUACUGUUUUCCCAUUUUUCCCUGCAGUUUUUGUAUAAAAAUAGUAAGUUUUUAUCCCCCCAACUGGAUAAGACACUAGGUUGCUGAGGUCAUUUGCCCCAGUCUAUUCCACUGAUCCACUCUUCUAUUUCUUAGCCAGUACCUGAUUGCUUUGAUGAUUACUGCUUUACUGAACAAUUUGAUCUGGUACCACUAAUCCACCAUCCCUUGAAUUUUCUUUCCAUUACUUCCCUUGAUAUUCUUGAACUUUUGUUCUUCCAGAAGAAUUUUGUUAUUUUUUCUAAUUCUAUAAAAUAGUUUUUAGUAGUUUGAUUGGUGUGGCACUGACUAAGUAAAUUAAUUUAGGCAGGAUUGUCAUUUUUAUUAUAUUAGCUUGGCCUACCCAUAAGCAAUUAAAGACCACAUUUUUUUGUAGAUUGGGCCCAAAGUCUUCUCCCCCAAAGCUCCCCAAAAUAAAUGCUGUGGAAACUGUCCUUCAGGAGUCCUAGAAAGCAUCCUGUGGUCCUUGCUUGCAUGACCCUGUCAUUGUCCCAAAUAACAGAUUGAGAAAUAGAAUUUGGACUCUAGCAUACCAGGUAUAUUAGCAUCUUGAAAGUAUUAUUGGUGUAUUGAUAUUGUAUCUUAUGUGUUCAUAUACCAGACUCAUGGUCAUGUUACUUAUUGAUGAUUGUAUUUCCAAAUCUUCAAUCCAAAGGACAAAAGAAUUCCUGAGCAGGACAAUAUUUGCCACAGGGUCCGAGCUCCCUCCUUGUUAGACCACAUUCCUUACCUAGUCACAUGUUUGAUUAACCUCCUCUUUGAUUAUGUGAUUGUCCAUUGAGCCACUGUUAAAACCUAUGCCAUGUCACAUGUUCCUUAGCUAUCUCCCACUCCGCAUUCCUAAACUCUCCAAUAAAAAUUUGAGGACCUGUGGAGAGCCCCCUCUCAAUUAGAUCACAGGGGCACCCACAAUGGAGCCCAUGUUUUUUAA